AUGACAUUUAUUGAGGUUGCACAUUUUUUAUCUGGUUUAUAUUCUUUUAUUCUUAUUCUUAUUGGCACACCAUUAAAUAUUCUUUGCUUUUAUAUUUUUAAAUGUCUUGUGCCUAAUCGUUCAAAUCCAACAAUAAUUGUCUUUGCUCAUUUAGCUCUUAUUGAAUUACUGAUACCAUUUACAUGGAAUAUAAAUUAUUUUAUACGAGAACUAAUAUGGAAAUAUCAAAAGACAAUAUCGAUUAAAAACUUAGAACAACAUUCAUUAUUUAUAUGUAAAUUGAUUUCCUUUGGAGCAUAUUUUUCUCUUGAAUGUGCUGCAUGGCUUAAGACAUUAGCAACAUUUGCACGCUACGUUUCAUUACAUCAUCAAUGGCCAUUAAAAAAUUGGCUAUCAAAACCGAUUAUAAUUCGUCGUGUUAUCUGGAGUACUAUUAUUUUUGUAGGCUUAAUUAAUUUUCCAAUAUGGAUUGUUAAUGGCAAGCGUGUUCUACAUAACGAUCAAUAUAAUCAAACUACAGUAGAAAUAAAAUGUUAUCAAUCAAGAUUUUUUCAAUUUUGGGAAAUUGCUCAUCUAUUACUGUACAAUUUCAUUCCGUUCACAUUGAUGAUUUUAUCUAAUAUAUCAAUAGUCCGUCAGGUUAGAGAAUCUCGUAGUCGAACACUGAAGUCAAAAGCUAGUGUAUCAAAGAAUCCUAGUCGCCGUUCAAUGUCAAGCGGUGGCGGUCGAUUAACAAAAGCAUUGAUAUUAAUUACAAUAUUUUUCAUUAUUUUUACUGCACCUGCUGCCAUAUUCUAUAUUUUUUUUGGAAAAAAAGUGAAUCAACAUAGAGAUUUAAUUACAAUGACUUUGAGUAACCUAGCAACAACUAGUCAUGUUACUUCAUUUAUAAUUUAUUGGUUAACAUCAAGUGACUUUAGAAACGCAGCGAUGAAUAUUCUAUUUUGCCAUUCAAACGUUCCUCGUCGACAGCCAACCGAAGAAAAACAACAGGAGAAACCUCGUUCUGACAAGCCAUUAUUAACAACAGAAUUGCAAUUGAAUGAUGAACAAUGUUAA